AAAAUAAAGAGGAUGCACGGAUGGGGGCACGAUUAGGGGGCAGACGAUUUGUAUCCGGCGUAAGCCUGGUGUAACAAGUCCAAAACACAAAAGCGCCAAGCCCAGCUGCCGCUCCAGGCAACAACGCCGUAGCCAUGGAGGCAGCGCCUAUCCAGAGUGAAAGCUUCAAGCUAGGGUUCAUCGGAGCAGGGAAAAUGGCAGAGAGCAUAGCCAGAGGUGUGGUGCAAUCUGGUGUGUUGCCUCCCAAUCGUAUCUCUACGGCAAUCAACUCCAAUCCCAACCGUGGCAUUGCCUUCCAAUCAAUCGGCGUCUCUCUUCUUCCUCACAACUCCGAUGUUGUGGAGGACAGUGACAUAGUCAUUUUCUCUGUGAAACCCCAAGUAGUUAAAAAUGUGGUCCUGCAGCUGAGGCCGUUACUUUCAAAGAAGAAGCUUUUGGUUUCAAUUGCUGCAGGAGUAAAAUUGAAGGAUUUGCAAGAAUGGGCAGGCCAUGGUCGAUUUAUCCGGGUGAUGCCAAACACACCAUCUGCUGUUGGUGAGGCAGCAUCAGUUAUGAGCAUGGGAGGAGCUGCAACAGAAGAGGAUGGGGAAUUAGUUGCUAAAUUAUUUGGAUCAGUUGGCAAGAUAUGGCGAGCUGAUGAGAAAUUGUUUGAUGCAAUCACUGGCCUCAGUGGCAGUGGUCCAGCAUACAUAUAUUUAGCUAUUGAAGCUUUGGCUGAUGGAGGAGUGGCUGCAGGUCUUCCACGAGAACUAGCAUUGGGACUAGCUUCUCAGACUGUCUUAGGAGCAGCUUCUAUGGCCAUUAAUUCUGGGAAGCACCCUGGUCAGCUCAAAGACGAAGUCACAUCACCUGGUGGGACUACAAUUGCUGGCAUUCAUGAGUUAGAGAAGAGUGGAUUUCGGGGGACGUUGAUGAACGCUGUUGUGGCUGCUACUAAGCGCAGCCAAGAGCUUUCAAAGAGUUAAGCCAAUCUGGUUCUACAUUUUGAAAUCUUAGGAUAGAUGGACAGACAAUCAUUUUAUUGCCUAAACAACGAGAGAGAGAGAGCGAGCGCGCGGUUUGGCUUUGCUUUUUUUCUUUAUUUGCAGGAUUACAGAUUUUUUGCUUUUUUUUUUUUUAUUUGCAGGAUUACAGAUUUUUAGACAUGUUUCUUUAUUCACUUCCAUUUUUAUGAGGCAGUUCCGGGGGGAGUUAUACACUA